CCGUUGCCCCACCCUGCUGUACAGAGUGCGCUGCCAGAUGAACCCGGUGCAUAAAACCGGUGUCAUUCGCUAAAAUACGCGAUAAUACGCACGUAAAAGCCUGCGUUUUGGACGCGUUCACCGCGUCGUCAGGUGCUGCAGCGUCCAUAAACGCCCACCGAGAAGAGCACCAGACGAGAGCUGCGCUUACAUCCGAGAUGGCAAAAGUAGAUCAACGCUUUGGGCAAAGAGAUGGAUCUGAUCAAAACUUUGACUACAUGUUCAAACUCCUGAUCAUUGGCAACAGCAGUGUAGGAAAGACCAGCUUUUUAUUCAGAUAUGCAGAUGACUCUUUUAGCAACUCUUUCGUCAGCACGGUCGGCAUCGACUUUAAGGUGAAGACGGUUUACAGGAACGACAAGAGAGUGAAGCUCCAGAUAUGGGAUACAGCGGGACAGGAACGGUAUAGAACUAUUACUACUGCUUACUAUAGAGGAGCCAUGGGCUUCAUCCUCAUGUACGACGUCACAAAUGAAGAGUCCUUCAAUGCUGUGCAGGACUGGGCAACACAGAUUAAGACCUAUUCAUGGGAUAAUGCUCAGGUGAUAUUAGUGGGGAACAAAUGUGACAUGGAUGAAGAGAGGGUGGUGCCUUUUGAGAAGGGGAAACACUUGGCCGACCAGCUAGGGUUUGAGUACUACGAAGCCAGCGCCAAGGAGAACAUCAACGUCAGACAAGUGUUUGAGCGUUUGGUUGACAUUAUCUGCGUGAAGAUGUCCGAGAGAGUGGAUACGGAUCCAUCCAUGGUCACCGGUGCCAAAACCACCCGGCUAACCGAUAAGCCGCCUCAGCUACCUCAGAAUUGUUGCUGAUUUCCAUCUCAAAUCAUCAGCUAACUUCUCAGCAGCGGAUCUGAUGGUGUUUGAUGUUCUGUUAUAUGGCAAUUAGAACCAAUCUGGGGUGCGUUUCAUUGUAUGAUGCAUUUUAGGAAAAACGUAACUAGCCAGUGAUGAUAUCGUAGUAACAUGGUCGCACCUUCAUCAUUUUAACACUAUAAAAUUGUCGUUAAUGACAUCGCACCCAGGUAGUGGAGUGAAAAAAUUAUGCUAAAUAAUCAAUUUGAAUUAGUUCAUUUACACUUACAACUUAACUUUACUUAACUAUUUUAUUCCCCUCGUUUUUCUUUAUUUGAUUCAUCGCGUUUCCUUUUGCAGCACACUCCAGGGUUCCCAUGCACAUUUACGCACAUGCGUACUCUUCAAAAAUGCAUACAAAAUAAUGUAUAUACAUUAAGACUACAUGCUAACAAGAAUCUCUGCUUCUAACCACACAAGUUUUCGAUGCCUUUUACGAAUAUUCGUUGGAACUAUGGUUUCGCGAAACACCGAAUCGUUGAAUAACGUUGAAAACGACACUUGCAACCAUAGUUGGCUAACAAGGCUUUGGGAAACGCACCCUUUUUCAUUUGUAGCUGUCAAACAUAUGAAGUCGUACAGUAAUAAAAGUACACUUAAUCAACUUAAUCAGUCCAUAGGAAACUCAAAGCAGGGACUAGAGCAAAGCACAAAAACUACCACUCGGCUCUCAGAACUUCAGUGUUCACUGCCGAAACUAGAUUUAAAACACAAUCUGUUGUGGCACAAUCUUGCUGAUCUUAUGAAUUAUAUACUGAGUGUAGUAUAUGAGUGCUUUUAAGGGAUCUGUUUACCUCAUCCUCAAGUUGUACCAAACCUGUAUGAAUUUCUUUCUCCUGUUUUCAUUCUCCACAAAUAUGAUAUUUUGGAGAAUGGUGUUAACCAAACAGUUGAUGGUAGCCAUUGACUUUUAUAGUAUGGAAAAAAAUACUAUGCAAGUGAAUGGCUACCAGCAGCUGUUUGGAUCAUACAGAUUUGGAACAACAUGUUAGUGAGUAAAUGAUGACAAAAUAAGUGAACUGUCCCAUUAGUGAAGGCAGAAUGGUGGAUAUUUUGUUAAAAGGCACAAAAACAAACAGACUUUUGCAAAAUGGCCAUUGUGCAGUUUUCAGGGUGGAUUCGAUGCUCUGAUUUGAUUGGAAAUCAGAAGCAGAUGCACACUGUAUGUUGGACUCCAUCUAUGAACUGCUGGCACAGUAUGUGUUUUGAGAAUAUGAGCACUUGCUUAAGCUAUCUUUAUGUUAAGAGAGAAAAAAUGUGACGUUUAGUUAAUUCAUGAAUAAGUAUGCUAAAUAAAAUCCGUGUCUUACACGAAAAUAUUAUAUUGAAUUCAUGUUAAACUUAGUAUUGUCCGAAACCACAUGUAACAGUUAAUAAUAAUGAGUAAUAAUAGACCGGACACAAUCAGCACAUUUCAUAGUCAGGUGACGUUCGAAAUAUAUUAUUCUUCGCUCAAAUCCUCGAGCGGAACGUCAAGAUCUAUUGUGAACUCGUGCCAGGAUGUCUUUAUAUUUCAGAAACUUGUAGCAAAUCCUUGUGGGUUCGUGUGUGUAUAAUCUACUUUAGAUUGUUAUCAAGUGGUGUAUGAGUGUUUUAUGUAACUAUAGUCGAAAUUAUUCUAAAUGAGGUAUUUUUAAUUCCGAUGUUAUAUAGGCUACUGUUUGUUUGUUUUUUGCUGAGUAGAUAUUUAUUUUUAUGCUGCUGGAAUAUAAAGGCUAGUUGUACCUUUGCUGUCAGUGUAUUUUGAUUUGUAGACAAUUUGCACUGGGGCGUACAGUGAUUGUACAGUUGUGAAUGUUACUUUUAGAUGCAAUUUGUAACAAUAAAAGCACAAAUCACAUGUAAUAAUGCAAA